AUGUCCGUUAAAUCAACUCGACCGGUGCCCCCAGUGCGACUCCGGCGGUCCAUAGCCUGUUUCUCAAUCCCACUCAUCCGUGCAGAACUAGUCAUGGAUGAGUCCCUAACAAACCUUGGAACUCUCAUCACCUACUCCGCCCCGCAAGAGGUGGUCGCCGUUGAUUUUGACACGAGGAUGGAGCACACAACCUGCCGGGUACCAGUGAUGGAGGGUGGGCAGCUUAGAGGGCUUUGGUCGAAGGAGGAGGGAAAGGCUUUGAACUCGAAGGAGAAAAAGAUGGCCACUACUUGCCGACAGAACGCCGGAACAUUGCUUGUUCAAUACAUGCUCGCCAGACUUCUUGCGGUGGAGGAGUUGGUCGGCUUGAAUUAUAACACGGAUCCUGGUGAGGAGCGCGUGAAAGUUCUCAACGAAUGGAAGGUCCGGAUGGUUCGGGAUUGGUUCUAUAUGACUUACUCGGAGGCCGAGGCUGAUGGACCUGAAUUCUUGCACGCAGAUCCCGUCAACCUCGAAAAUAAAGCAUUUUUCGAAAGGAAAUGGGACAUAGAGGAGGAGGGUCGGGACAUCAUGUCGCUCCCGGCAGAUACCAAUCUCUGGAUCCACGGGCGUAUCGAAGGGUUCGACGACGCCUUUGAAAAAACAAUUAAACCUCAGUCCUUCGAAGAGAUGAGCAAGCCCAGCCAAUUUUUCGAGACUCGAUAUGAGGAAGGGGCCAAGCUACCGUCUCGCUGGCACGAGGGACACGAGCCUCGUCCCCUCUUCUGGAGCAUCAAGCAGUGGGAUUGGUUCAGGAAUGACUAUUGGAACGCACCAAUUGACUUCUUGCGUUACGCUCUUGUCACAGAGCCAGCGUACCACGAUGUCGGCCAGUUCUUGGGCGACCUCCGCAGCCUCAGCGGCAUCAUCUCCCUCAAUCCUAAUUGGCAAGACAUCGAGGCGAACGCGAAGGACCUCUGGCUCGGAAAGAUGAUCUGGAGGGAGUUUGUGGAUAGCUUGAGCAUUAGUUUGAGUCUGUCUGAGGCAGAGACUCUGACUUCGGAAAAAAGAGAUGACCGAAACCCUUUCAACACCUUGGAGGCUCGUUUGAUAUUCGAGGGAUAUGUGCACCGGGAGAAACCUAACUCGAAGGAUCAGGUAGCCGAGGACAACGUCUUGUGGCAAAGCCUAGAUCGAAUCAGCCCACCAGAGCAUCGGCCGGUAUGGGAAUGGGUCGCCAGUGAGAUGGAGUCGGAUGGAGUCAAAGUAACGUGCAUGUUGAAGCAAGCGGGAGAUUGGUGGCGCGAGUUCAGGCACAAGCAAGCGAAAUCUUCCCAUGUGGAAACACAUAGCACGGAACAGUAUGAUGAAGAAGAACGGGAUCGAUGGCAAGGUGGAUCUAGGAAAGCUCCACGCGUGCAGGAUGUACCAAUGCGCCAGGAAGGUCGUCAACGCUUGGCAGAUGGUAAUUCUGAGGACUCUGGCGACACCUUCCAUUACCCUCGCCCGGGCGGUGUUGGAGACAGGCCUCCUGAAUCUACGGCUGCAGCUGACUCCAACGAUUCCAACGAAUACGCAGACUCCACCCACCCUCCCCUUCCCAUCUAUUCUCCCAUGAUAAAUGGUGUUUCCCAAAUUCUCCGUCCUAUCCACCUGGGAUUAUCCAGGUAUCUUGACGGGUACGAUUCAUUAGAAACAUUCGGAGACAGCUUGAUCAAAUCCUUCCCCUCGGAAUACGAGGCGAGCAUAAGGCAGUUUGUGAAUGACCUUCAGCCUUUCACUGUGGAACAGUUCACAGUGGACGUUGCAGAGCCCAUAUUGGACUCCUUCGUCCGCCGUGUUAACGCAAUACAGGCGAAGAAAGAAGCUGAAGUGUUGCAUAAGGAAUUCCUUUAA